AUGCCUUCCGAGGCUACUUCCCACCCCCUUCUGGGGGUCACAGGGAAUAUCAUGACACCCAUGGUUCGGAAGAAUUUUAAAGACGACCCUCAGUUGAGAGAGCUUUGGGAGAAAGAGAACAUGCCGGGACGCAUCUCUACGCCUGCGGAAUAUAGAGGCGCUGCCUUAUUUUGCCUGAGCGAUGCUAGUUCUUUUAUGACUGGUUCAAAUCUUGCCAUUGAUGGAGGGUAUACAGCAUGGUGA